UUGUCAAUAUGUGCAGCUCUAAAAGAAUUGAUUAAAUUCAUUGAAAUUCAGGAAUGUGAAAGAAAUUUUCAAGAAUGUUCAGAGAUUACUACACAUUUCUUUGACACACGGGCAGGUUCACAAACAGCAAUGGAACUAUCAAAGAUUCUGACAGACAAAGCCUACAGAAUGGUAAUGGAGGAGUUACAAAUAUCAGAAAGUCAAAGUUUUACCAUUUUUAAAGAGCAGGAAGGGUACUUUGUACAAUGGCAAGGGAAAGGUAGACACAAGAAAAACAAAGUGGACACAGCUAUGAAAACAUGUUCUUGCACCUUUUCUGUAACAUUUGGUCUACCCUGUGCACAUAUUAUUUUCUGUCGAAAACAAGAAAAUGCUCCAGUUGUAGACCACACAAGCAUUCAUCCAAGAUGGCUUAAACGGGAUGAGGAAGUCCAUCAGGAGUUUGUUAAAAAUGGUUUAGGGGACUGCCAGGUUAUGAUGAUGCGAAAGUCCAAAUUCAGUAGCAAUGAAAGAUUCAGUACUGUUUGUCCUAUUGCCAUGGAGAUAGCAUCUCUGAUUGCUAGCUGUGGAGGCCAAGAAUAUCAGGACAAACUUCAAGUAUUGAGAAAUUUAUUAAAUUGCUGGAAGGCCAACAAACAAAGUGUAGUACUUGAAAUUGCAUCCAGCACUGAAGACUGUAGCCACAGUGAAGACAAACAAAUGUUUGAGUCUGGAGAUAGCCAAACAUUUUUGGAUAUUAACAAGACAAAUGAUAAUGUAAUGAGUGCUAACAAAUGCAGUCAUAUUCAUGAUCCAGAGGUAGCAGAGCUUGAUGCUAAAGAUGCUGUUAACACCUGUUCCAGCCUUAAAAUCACACCGGUUAAAAGUAGACGGGGAAGGCCAAAAAGGCAAAGAAACUUUACUUUCAACAAAAAAGCCAAGAAACGUCUGCAUGAACCAGAUACAGAGUUGGACGAUCUGCCUUCAUUCCUUGUCCCAUUACAAUGCCAAGUGAUGCCAACACCAGAUACAGGUUUUAGUGUUGGAGGGAUUACUCUCUAUGAUCUUGACCUGGACACCCUUAAACCAGGAAUGUGGCUUAAUGACAAUGUUAUACAUGCCUACCUUGGACUCGUGGCAGAAGAAUCCAUCAAGCCAGUUUACAUACUACAGUGCUUUAUUGAAGGGUUUUGGAGAAAAGGACAGUACACUGUGUGGCAGUACAAAAAUGUGCAGUUUGAGAUGUACCAGUGGAUAUUGCUGCCUGUGUGCAGGAAUUCACACUGGUUCCUUCUGGCAGCAAAUGUUGAGUUGCGCAAGGUGUAUGUCAUGGACUCGCAGCCAAGUGUGACUAGGCAGAGGCAAUACCUAAAUUACUGGAGAAACUUCAUGAAAGAGCGGGCUGUAACUGGAGAGAAGUUGGAUGGCUGGUCAAGUGGAAGCAUCUCUACAGUGACACAGGAAGAUGGCUCUAGCUGUGGCAUAUUUGCUCUGAUGAAUGCUGAAGCUUUGAUAAAAAACACUGACCCAAGUGAUGUAAAACAAAGCCAAAUAAAUAAAAUCCGGCUGUACAUCCGUGAUCGUCUGAUAGCAGCUCCUAAACGCAAUUGAACUUUUUUUUUUUUUGUAACUUUUUGUAAUGAUUUAUUUUUUAUUUUUGCCUUAUACACUACAGACUGUGUUUUACAGGAUAUGUGAAUGUGUUUUGUGUAAUGAAAGGAAAAGUAAUACAUUUUAAAAAGGUA